CGCAGCGCGAAGCUCGUGCACGAACUGCACAGAGGCUUUUCUUGCAUGCGCGAUGCUGAUCUCGAGAUGGGGCACGCCGAUUUCCUCGAGAGCUCGGGCGAUUGUGGGAGAGAAAGAUUGCGCGACGAGUUCGGAUAUUCUUUUUAGUGUGAAGCUGGCGCAAUCGCGCGAAUUUGUGCUGGACGGCAUCGGUCCGGACCUGACCCACCACCUCACGCAGAUGGGCCCGAGGCCCGUGCCCCGAGAGGCGAAGGGCGAAGGGCAAAUGGCGAAGGGCGAGACUGGACAGCGAUGGACGGGAGAUCUGGGCCGAGGAUGUGCGGUAUAAUUAGCGGGGGCCCGGAGAUGGAAGGGCCAACAACUGCGAGCGAUUUGCUCGGCUAAUAAUGGCGUCCUUCGGAAGUGCCAAGGAGGCCGUGGUGGUGCUGGCGCUGGCCCUCAUAGCCUUGAGCUUGAGCGUGAGCGUCGAGAUUGGGGCUGCUGCUGCUGCUGCUCGAACGCCAGAGGUUUUGUUGCGGAGCUCGUCAUCCUCGUCGUCGUCGGUGUUGGAGAGCAAGAUGGACGAGAUGUACGUGAGCGUGGACGAGGUGGAUAUGCUGAAGGUGUACACAUUGAAGCGGGGCAAGAUGGAGGUGAAGAUCACCGAUUGGGGGGCGACGGUGAUGUCCGUCAAGGUGCCCGAUGCGCGAGGCCAGGUCGCGGACGUCGUGCUCGGCUUCGACUCUCCCGCCACUUACAUGGAUCCCAAUUCGACUGCCUACUUGGGGGCCAUCGUCGGCCGAGUGGCCAAUCGCAUCGGCAAUGCCUCCUUCAAAUUGAACGGCAGGGUUUACCAUCUUCCUGCCAACGACGGGAACAACACUCUCCACGGCGGGCUCGUGGGCUUCGACAAAGUUCUAUGGCAAUCUCAGCAACUCGAUCUCGGGCAAGGGCCGUCCGUCCAAUUCUACUACAACAGCUUCGAUGGCGAGCAAGGAUUUCCCGGCAGCUUGGAGGUCUCGGUGACCUACACUUUGGGCGAGAAUGGCGAAUUCAAGAUCGAGAUGGAAGCGAAGGCGGGGAAAAAGGCCACACCUGUGAAUCUCGCGAGCCACACCUACUGGAACUUGCGGGGCCAUGACAGCGGCACAAUUCUUGAUCACUUGCUGCAAAUUUUCGCCUCUCAUUACACACCCGUGAACGAGAAGAUCCUUCCGACCGGGGCGAUCGACCCUGUCCAGGGCACUGCGCUCGAUUUCCUCGAGCAGCGUCCCGUCGGGACUCGAAUUGACGAGGUUAGUGUCCCGACGGGCGGAUACGAUCACAAUUACGUGCUCGGAGGCGUGGACCACGGCGAUUGCGAUGGGCUGAAGAGAGCCAUACGAGUUGUGGAUCCGAUGUCCGGGCGUGUGAUGGAGAUUUUCACCUCUGCGCCGGGCAUGCAGUUCUACACGAGCAAUUUUCUCGAUUGCUACGGGAAAGGAGGGGCUCACUAUCAGCCUCGCAAUGCCUACUGCUUCGAAACGCAAGGAUUCCCCAACGCCGUGAACGAGCCGAAAUUCCCCACAGUCAUCGUGCAACCGGGCGAGAUUUACAGACAUGUCAUGGUCCAUCGAUUCAGCACCUCCUGACCAAUUCUGCUCGAGACAUUUGCCCUUUAUGGCUGAGGAGCUGCGCUGUCGUGAAUAAUUCUGGCAAUCGAUCGACUCCUGUUUGCUGUAUCUGUGAGACUAGCGAGGACAAGAAGGCGACGAUGCCAUCUGUAGCGAGGUUGUCGUGUGUCAGCAGUGGACUUGUUUUUCAUGCCAAUCUCAAUCUCAAUGACAUUGUGAGCUGAGUGAGAUCAUUGUGGACUCAUGAUCCCAGAGAUUUUAGUGAGAUUGUUCCUCGGUAUGGCCGAAGGUCCUUCAGCAGUUCAAAGAGAAUAAUUCUGAACGUGACCGUCCUGAUGAGGCACUUCCUUUCACCCACCAUCAUUUUCCAAUAUGAAAAGUACCAAAUUGGCUGGGCCAGCCUGAGAGGAUCCCCGUCCAGAAACCAAGGCUGAAACACUGCAAUUCUGCAGCAUUUGGUGGAUGUGUGCAAUGACGAACAUCUCUCUCUGAUUCUUCCGAGUACCUUCGUGCCGCCGUCACGAGAAGGAGCGAUUACUCUUUGACGGCCAGAAUCGAAGCCUCGAUUGUACUGUCGAUUGCUCGUGCGAGCGUUGCAUGAACUCCAUCGGCUGACAAGUCCACCAAACACCAAGAUUGGGUCAUCAGUUCAUUCUGCCUUAUAGAACUGUACGUGCACAUCCCUUUUGACCACUUACUACUGAAAGCAAGUAAGGUUUUAUAUUUAUGUAUGUACAUGUCUGUAUUCACCCCGUGGGGGCAUUGAGGAUGGGCUAUCUAAUUCUGCUUGCUAGUAGCAGCAAUAGAUAGCUCUUCCUCGCCUUCAGCACGAUGUGUUGAGCAGGAUUUGACAAUUGAUAAGCAAUCCAACGAGUGAAUGAAUGUAAUAGUGGACACAUGAGCUCUUCCGCCGCCUUUUAAUUCACUGAUUACCCUUUAACAUACCACAAAUACUAUGAAUGGUUAGGGUAAACAUCAAAUCAUGAGACUUGAAUUACAAUAUUUUUACGGGCUUUUUGGAGUUCCGAUUGUUGCUAAGUAAAUUUUGAAGCUUGAAGAACACGAAGAUUUU